AUGUGCAACACAGAGGAGAGUUGUGCUGUGCUGGGCUCGAGGCAGCAGGCUCCAGGGCCUCUGUGGUGCUCCGAUGCCCCUCUCCCACUAACGAAGAUCCCGGGUGGGCGAGGGACAGGCAGGGAUCUCCCUCAUAGUGUACUGCACAAGGACGAAAAGUUGACGGUGACUCAGACGGGGUCGGUAAACGGAGCGCCCCCUGUCCUGCACUUCCAGUACCAGUUGAGUGAGCGACGGUUCUCCUGCUGGGACACAGUUCUGUCGGACGACGCGCUCUACCUGGAAAUCCCCACCGGAGCUCUUCACAAUGGCAGCAGAGAAGGUUUAACCCGGCUGCUGGAGUUUGCAGAGGAGCAGUUGAAAGUCAGCUAUGUGUUCCUGUGGCUUCAAAAAAACAGAGACGAUCGAUUGUCCAUCAUGAAGACCUUCCACUACAUGGGUUUUGAAGUGGUAAAACCGGGUCACCCGCUGGUGCCGGCCCGGCCUGAUCUUCUCUUUAUGGUCUAUUCCAUGGACAGCAGCAGUUCUGAUGAAGAGUGACCAUCAAACUCUCAAUCACACUUAAUGCCCCCCUCCCCCACUAUUAUACUUCUGCAUCAGGGACUUUUAAGAAAGGGGGAGGGGUGAAGCUGGGCAGACUAACACUCUGAUUGGUUCAGUUUCCAUUAUUAUCCCACCAAUCAGUUCUGAUUGGCCGUUCCAUCAGCAGGAGGUGGGUUGGUGCUAAAGCAGAAAUCCAGCAUACCCUCUCUGUUAAUUCACACCAUAUAUCAAACUUUUGUGUACACUAUGUAUGGAACAUUUAGAACAGGAUACAGAUGGCAGACAUGGUAGAGAUACUUUUUACAGAAGGGAAUGCAUUUGUAACCAACUAGACUGUAGAAUGUUUCCAGUAGCUGAUAAUGGCGAAACAUAAUUUUUUUACUUUGUUCCAGAUUGGCUGUCUUCUCUGUUCUGGUUUUAAUCUUCUUUAGAAGUUUCUGGUGGAACUUUCACUAGUUAGUCAUUCAAUGUUCUCAGAGGCAGCAAGCUGAAUAGCUCUCAACUAUUAGUAAUGAUGACUCGACUCAACAGCAGUUAGCUUUUCAAAUACUCGUUAGGAUUUAUGCUAUGUUCCCUUCAACUAAGAAUGUUUGCAUUUCCGACUUCCUAUAUAGAAAAGUGCAAUAGAGCGCACUUGAAGUUGGACUUCAAACUUGGAAAACUCUAUGAAAACUAUAAUUUUGAGACGCAGGAACUGGGGAGAUGUGCAGUUAAUACGAAACAUUCACUUUUAAGCUAAUAAAAGUUUCCUCAUUAUAUAAAAUGUUGCAGUAACAUGUGUAAAACACAGUAAACGAUCUUCACUGUUGAUGAUUACACAUCUACACAUACUAUUACGCUUUAUUCUUGCCAUUCAAUGAUAUCAAGUAUGAAAAAUAUCUCUCAAUAUUGGAUAGAACGCAGCAUUCUUGCGCAAGUUCAUCAAAAAAGUGCAUCAUUCCAGACCCCAACAAAGCACUUGAGUGUAAGUUUAGUUGAUUUUUUUUUCUGAGUCUGGUUGUGGUCUUUACUUUUCACAAAUUCUUUGAAUAGAAGUUGUUUAAUCGGGCCUGUUGCUUAUAUUCUUUAAUACAAAGCCAGACCUGAAAACUUUUAGAUGCAUUAACAUGUUUGUGAUGAACUCAUUCUAGUUUAAAAUAUCUUGAAGGUCCUCAUUUUUAUUUAGGGAAAUGCAUUGAUGUGGUCUUCUACAUGAGUCUUACCAUAGUCCAUCACACCUUUUGUCUUUGCCAUCCCAAACCAAACCAACAGGAAGCGUGAGAGCAAACCAACCCCACCCUCUGUCCCUCAGGGGCUUUAGCACUUUAGGAAAACACAAGCAAUUCAGCCCACGGUGCAUCACAUAUCCAUUACAGAGAGAUCUACUUUAAGCCAUCAAGAUGUUUUGCAGUGUUUAGUGAACUUGCCAAAGAUAAUGGUCUCCAUUCAAAGAGAAUGCCUCAAGUCUCAUUCAGAUAAGACUGGUGAACCCAGAGUAGCAGCACCUUCAGAAAGCAGAUUCGAUACUGGCGCAGUCAGGUAUAACAUGCAGAAACAUUCCCUGAAACGGAAGUCUUUGUUUCUUUGAUUCUCGGUCCUCUCUGUGGAAAUUAGGUGCAAUGAAUUCAGUCCUGUAUACUUCUCAGCAGUGUGGCCUUUAGGUUUUGCAUGUGUAAAUAGAUCUUACUUCUCCUCAUGGGCUGUGACAAUAAGCUUUUAGAGAAUGUUUUUUGUUCAUCCACUUAAAUUUUAUUUUUAUCUAUUUGAUUUAUUUUGUCUAUACUGAUUGAAUUGUAGGGUAGAUCCAUUUAACGACAAUCUACACAUGUAUACGUUUUUCCUUAUGUUCAAUUAAAACAUGUUACAAAAC